AUGUCAAUGCUACCUAACACAAAUGGAAACGCUUUAAAUAUUCGAAACGGUCACUUUGUAGACUCUCAGGGUCGCGUGCGACUUCUGCGUGGUGUAAACCUUGGUGGCUCAUCCAAACUUCCAUCAGGAUAUCAGCACACCAAUCGCUACUCGAGCAGUAGUUUUUUCGAUGGAGCACCUUCCGUGUCGUUCAUUAAUCGACCAUUUCCAUUAAGUGAUGCGCCUUUGCACUUUGCGCGGUUACAGCGCUGGGGUUUGACAUUGCUUAGAUUUGUCGUGACGUGGGAAGCCAUUGAGCAUGCCGGCCCCGGGAUUUAUGACAAUGACUAUCUACAUUAUAUCAGGAAUAUCAUUGAACUUGCUGCAGAUUAUGAUCUUUUGAUUUAUGUGGAUCCACACCAAGAUGUCUGGUCGAGGUGGACAGGGGGAGACGGAGCGCCAAUUUGGACACUAGAAGCAGUGGGACUGAAUCCAAAAAAAUUUGAAGUAACAAAAGCUGCACUGUGUGUGGAAACGUGUGGAGUGGAUGUUGCUAAAUAUCCAAAGAUGAUUUGGCCGACCAACUACUUUAAGAUGGCGUGUGCUACCAUGUUCUCACUUUUUUGGGGGGGCUCCAAGUGCGCACCAGAAUGUCGAGUGAAUGAAGUGCCAGUUCAGGAGUAUUUACAAUCUCAUUACAUAAACGCCAUGGUAAAGUUGGCAAAUACAUUAAAAGGAUUGACAAAUGUGGUGGGUUUUGGAACAAUGAAUGAACCUUCUUCGGGUUAUUUAGGCCUUGAUGACUUGAACAAGCAUUUUCAUCAUGGAGAGCUAAAGUAUGACUUGGCUCCCACGGCAUUUCAAGGAAUGGCACUAGCAGAUGGGUAUCAACAGGUUAUACAACGCUGGUCAAAUGGUGCAAACCAACAUGUGUUCGGACGCCCUGAUGAGUUAGUGUUGGUGAAUCCAGACGGAGUGCGCGCGUGGCACCAAGGAAGACGUUGUAUCUGGAGAGAAGAAGGUAUUUGGGAUGUUAAUACCACAACAGGGGAGCCUGAGCUGCUACGUCCGAACCAUUUUGCGGGAAUUCAAUUUGGGCGGGACUGCUAUGUGCCGUUCGCCGCGCGCUUUGGUGAACGCAUUCGCAGCAUUUUACCGCAUAUUUUACUGUUUGUGGAGCUACCGCCACUCGAAUUCAGCAUUGAUGCAUUUCCUGAAAUUGACAGUAAACUUAUUCCUCGUGCAGUUAAUGCUACGCACUGGUACGAUGGUGUCACGCUGUUUCUACAAGCUUGGCGUCCCUAUUUUACGGUUGACCCUAGAACUAAGGUACCUGCAUUUGGCCGAUCUGCUGUACGCUGGACGCAUUUAAAGCAAUUAGCGAAUAUUAAAAGCUACGGCAGCAAGCAGAUGGAUAACGCUCCAACGCUUAUUGGUGAGACAGGAAUACCUUUUAAUAUGCAUGGUGGGAAAGCUUUUCGAAACGGCGACUAUAAAGCACAGUUUGGCGCUUUGGACCACACUAUUUCGUGUCUUGAGGCGAGCUUGGUCUCGUUCACACUUUGGUGCUACACAUCAGACAACUGCAAUGACUUCGGGGAUCAGUGGAAUCUUGAAGACUUAAGUCUGGUAAGUAGGGACAAGCCCAUUCGAUCUGAAGCUGAUCUAUCGGUUCCUGAACGAGACGCUUGUGCGCGUGCACUGAAGGCCUUUGCACGUCCGUAUGCCACUCGAAUUGCGGGCACUCCCAUAAAGUCCAAAUUCAUAUCUAAUCGUGUCCGCUACGAGUUGGAGUACGUCUCGGAUGUAGGCAAAACGAAUGAAGCUGCGUUGCAUUGUACAGAGGUCUUUGUGCCACACCUGCAGUAUCCGAAAGGGUAUUUCAUAAGCACUUCGAAUGGACACUUUUCCGUCCAGUCACACGAUGGUUGGGACGUUGUGAGUUAUAUGCAUGAUGCGUCGAAAGCCAAUCAUUGGCUUGUGAUUAUGCCGAAGGAUCUAAUUUAUGAGAAGCGUCAUCGAGCUCGCAUUGCUAUCCGAAGGAUAGUGGUACUUCUACUUCUGGCGCUAGUUAUCUACAUUUUGUAUAUAUUAUAUGAACACGAUUAA